CUGCGCCUGCGCCCUGAGCGCCGCCACCGCCAUUUUGGGCCGGCUGGGUGCUGGGAGGAGGAAGGUGCUGUGGCCGCCGCCGCCGCCAUUUUGUCGCGGGAGGUUGAGUGCGGCGGGAGCGGGCGGAGGGCGCCGCAGUCAGCCCCACACCCCGCGCCACCCGCCGGCUCAGCCCCACCGGAGACCUGGCGACCGUCUGCUUCGAUUCUCUCGACCUGAAGAUGGCUGCACAGUCAGCACCGAAGGUCGUGCUAAAGAGCACCACCAAGAUGUCUCUGAACGAGCGCUUUACUAACAUGCUGAAGAACAAACAGCCGAUGCCGGUGAAUAUUCGGGCUACCAUGCAGCAGCAGCAGCAACUGGCCAGUGCCAGAAACAGAAGACUGGCCCAGCAGAUGGAGAACAGACCUUCUGUCCAGGCCGCUUUGAAGCUCAAACAGAAGAGCUUAAAACAACGCCUCGGGAAGAGCAACAUCCAGGCCCGCCUGGGCCGGCCGGCCGGAGCCCUCGCUCGCGGGGCCAUGGGGGGCAGAGGACUGGCCAUGGGGCAGAGAGGAUUGCCACGGGGAGCCAUGCGCGGCGGCCGGGGGGCACGAGCUCUGCUGCGGGGAGGAGUCCCGCUCCGAGGUCAGAGCCUCCUUCGGGGAGGACGAGGGAUGUCCCCAAGGAUGGGCUUGAGAAGAGGUGGCAUUAGAGGUCGCGGUGGCCCUGGAAGAGGCGGUUUAGGCCGAGGUGCCAUGGGCCGCGGGGGACUCGGUGGCAGAGGUCGCGGCAUGGUGGGCCGGGGACGAGGCGGCUUCGGCGGCCGCGGCAGAGGGAGAGGCCGAGGGAGAGGAUCGGCGCGGCCCGCCCUGACCAAGGAGCAGCUGGACAACCAGUUAGACGCUUACAUGUCGAAAACGAAAGGACACCUGGACGCCGAGCUGGAUGCGUACAUGGCUCAGACGGACCCGGAGACAAACGACUGAGCGUCGUUCCCAAAGACUCUUCGUUGCAGUUUGUGUGUGAUGUCGAUGCCCAUAAAGCUAAAAAUACGGAACCCCCGAUUCAUGGAAGGACCCGCGGGAAUAGCGAGCGGCCCCGUUCUACCCAGAGACCCGACUUUAGCGCGUUCCUUUAACGUUUUGAUACUAUGUGUUGUACGAAACCUUUUUUUGGGUUGUUUUUUAUAUCUUUCCCCCCCUCGACUGCUCCAGAGGCGCCUGCGGUUCCUCGCCGGCCGGUGACGCCGUGUGGCACGUGGGGACGUGCUCCUCAGCGCCGGGGUCGCCUCCUCACGUCCCUCUUGGGCUCUGUGGUUGCAUUUUGGGAUCGGCCGCGGCUCCAAACGUGACCCAAGGGCUGAGUUCGCACCCGCGGUUCAGUUGAACCCGUCUCAAGCAAAACCAAACCCAUCCAGGCAGGGCCAAGGGGCCGGGUUUAGGCUUCGUGCUCCUUGUAGACGCACGAAUCGUCGCGUUUCACCCCAAAACUUCCUCCCUGUUGGUUUGCAUUCCGUUCAUGCUUAAUGCACCAUUUCCCAGAUUGAAAACUCCCUUGCUUUGUUCUUUUUUUGGUUGUUUUUAGAUAGUUUGAGUUACUUUUGCAUCACGUUAGAACAGAUGACGCCGGUAGUUUCUGUAUCUGCGAGAAGCGAGAUGUUGAUUUAAAGGAAUGGGCAGCAGGAAUGUAAGAUCACAGCCGGGAUGAUGAAGCGUGGUAGAACUGUCUCUUUUAUAACACGGGGUCCAAAAUUAAUCUGUUUGCCAGUCCUUUUACCUUUUGGUGUCACCAAAACAGUGUCCCCCCGCCCACCCGCGCUCCGGGGGGGGUUGGGAAGGGCUCCGCUCCUCCGCAAGGUUUAUUUUCCACCAUUCUGUGAACUGUUCCACUUCCGAUGAAUUUCUUGUACUUCUGGUUUGUUGUAACAAAAGAGAAAUAAUUAUAAAAGCAAUGUCA